UCUUUUCUUCCCACGUCUAAUUUUCGAUUGGACAACUUUCUCCCACGUGUGUCGGCCGGAGAUGCUUAAAUAUGCCCCCAGAGACCAAAUUAUUGUACUCGUGGUUUAGUAUUAUGAAUUGCCUCUUGAUACGGACCUAUUAAAAGAACCAACUGCCUGCCACAGGAUGACAUCGUUAAUCGGAGGACUCGUCUUUUGCAUUUCCUUCCUUGCCCUGGAAGUCCAAGCAACAUACCGACCUUAUGGAGGAUACCAUCCUCGGCAGCAUCAGGCAGACAGCCCUAUCGUGCCACGGCAAACGUUUCAGCGGAGCUUCCAACAGCAACAACCAUUUCAGAGUGUUCAGCAAGGUCAGCAACAUAUUGGGAAUGUUCAGCAACCAGCUCAGUUAUCUCAGAAUCAAACAACUAUUGAUUUGGGAGAAACCCACUGCAAAAGCCGCCCCCUAGAUCUGGUGUUCAUCAUCGACAGCUCCCGUAGCGUACGCCCCCAAGAAUUUGAGAAGGUCAAAAUCUUCUUGGCUGACAUGGUCGACACCCUCGAGAUUGGUGCAGACGCCACACGUGUGGCCGUUGUCAACUACGCCAGCACAGUGAAGAUUGAGUUCCUGCUCAAGACGCACUUCGACAAGCCGGGUCUGAAAGCAGCGUUGGCGCGCAUCGAAUCCUUAGCGGCUGGCACCAUGACGGGGCUAGCCAUCAAGACGGCCAUGGAGGAGACCUUCACCGAGGGAUCGGGCGCCCGGCUAACCAACAAGAACAUCGCCAAGGUGGCCAUCAUCGUGACGGACGGGCGGCCCCAGGACACGGUGGAGGAGGUUGCCGCCGCGGCGAGGGCGGCAGGCAUCGAGAUCUACGCAGUCGGGGUGGACAGGGCGGACAUGAAGUCCCUGCGUCUCAUGGCCAGUCUGCCAUUGGACGAACACGUGUUCUACGUGGAGACCUACGGCGUCAUCGAGAAGCUCACGUCCAAGUUCAGGGAGACCCUGUGCGGUGUGGACGCCUGUGCCCUGGGACACGACUGCGACCACAUAUGUGUCAACAACAACAACAACUCGUACGGCUGCAAGUGUCGAGAAGGCUAUACACUGAAUGCAGACAAGAAAACAUGCUCACCAGGUUCUUUGCAAAACCAAAACCAAAACCAGAACCAAAACCAAAACCAGAACCAAAACCAAAACCAGAACCAGAACCGGAACCAAAAUGGAUCAGGUUCCAACGAGGACGCGAAUGAGAUGAGCGGGAAUGAGCUGAGUGAAGACGCCUGUAUGUGUGAGGCUCAGAUUGCGUUCCAGAUGAAGAUGCAAUCCACCAUAAAGCAGCUGACCAACAAACUUGAUGACCUUUCGAGGAAAGUGACCCAGUUUGGAGGCAGGCGUUGAUUCUGAAGAAGAGGAUGCUGCAUAGAGACCAUUCAGAGUUCACCCAGUUAACCUCAAUCUAAAAUGGCUGUAUAGUUUUUCUCUUUUAGCGACCGUCAUUAUUGACAACAGUCCAUUUUGGAGUUAUCGUACUGUAUACCCUCCUUCAAUAUAUGUGUUUUUAGAUCUAAAACAAUGUAUUUAUCAUUGAAUGACAUGACCAAUAAUGUUCCAUUUGCUCACAACAGAUGUCCCCAUUUCAUUUUUUAAAGCUAGGAACAAAGACCAAAGUUGACUUUUUUUUUGCACAAUAUUUGUCUCCCCAUGGUGGCACCUUUCCAGUUUAACAACAUUCCAUCGUCCACCACAUCACCUAUAAUAAAGAGGAAGCAAUACAGGCUCCAUCACUGACAAGUGAUUUGCUUCCUUAUUGUGGUGCAAGAUAAAUGAGACAAGACUCACGAAAUGUAAUUUCUGUCAAUAUAUGGUGUUCUAUUGUUCUAUUUUCUAGUGUUCCAUUUUGGAUAUUUGUACAAAUGUACACAUUAAAUACAUAUUUUGAACAAAUCUCAUAUUAA